GGGGAUAAUAAUUGUUAUCAUGUUGGUUAUCCUGAUUUCGACUUUUUUAUGUCGAUUUUUUGGCAAAAGAGAAAAUUGUCCAAAAUAUUUAUAAACCCUAUUUUACUUAUGAUAGUUUUUACAAACAAGAAUAGUAUAAUCGAAUUGAACAGCUUUUCAAAAUGGGUAAGGCGAAAAAGCAACGUAAAGGCGAGAAGGGCGACGAAAGCGAUUCAGACUCUGAAGUAGAUACACAAGACCUUAUAGAAAAGACCAACAAUAAGAAGGGUAAAAAUUUAAAAAACAAGGACGGUGAGAAAGAAAAUCCUAAACAAAAAAAGGGUAAAGGUAAAGCAGACAAACAUGCAAGCGAUUCUGAAGGCUCAGAUGCAGAGGCGCCUGUAACUAAAGUACAGAGUGCUUUUGCUCUGUUACAAGUCGAGGACAGUGGUGAAGAUGAACCUAUUGCCCAGCAAGAUAGUGAGAGCGAUAGUGAAAAGAAACCUGUUACAAAGAACAAGAAGAAAGCCAAUGAAACUAAACAAGAUCAAGGGGGCAAGAAAGGUAAAAAAAGUAAAAGGAAAAAAGAUGAUGAUGAUGAUGAAUUGGAAAAGGCAUUGGCUGAGUUAGAAAUGGAAUAUGCAGGUGUUAAAAAAGAGGAAACUCCACAAGAAGAAUCCGAAACUAAAAGUAGUAAAAAGAGUAAAAAUAAAAAUAAGGUAGAAUCAAAAGAAGAAACUUUAGUUGAUUCUGUUGAAGAUCAAGAUAACUUAGAAGAAGGUGGGACAGUUAAAACAGCUGCUCAAAAAAAGAAAGAGAAAAAGGAGAGGGAAAAACAGAAAAAACUGCUUAAUAAAACUAAAAAACAGGAUAGUACAGAAGAAUCAACACCUGGCAUAGAUAAGGUAGUUAAUGAUUUAGAGGUUAGUGAAUCAGCAACCGGUGAAGAUGUGAGUAAAGAAGUCUCAGAAGAAACAAGCAAGAAGAAGAAAAAGAAAGGUAAAGAUAAAGAUAAAGCAACAGAUGACACUGCUGAGAAUGAAACUAAAGAAGAAGGUAAAGAGGAUGGUGCUGAUGAAGGAGAAAAAGUCAGCAAAAAGAAAAAAGGUGCCAAAGAAAAAGAAGAUAAAUCAGCUAAAAUUAAAAAAGGUCCCGCUAAAAAAACUAUUGCUGCUAUGCAAGAAACUCUAAAGAAAUUUAAAGAGGAAGAAGAGAGAGCUAAACGUGAAGAAGAGGAAAGAAUAAAAAGAGAGGAAGAAGCGGAGAAUGCGCGAUUGGAGGCUUUAAGAUUAGAGCAAGAGAGAAAAGAUAAGAAAAAACAGAAAGAAAAAGAAAGGAAAGAAAGACUGAAGGCAGAAGGCAAACUGCUAACUGCCAAACAAAAGGCUGACAGAGCAAGAGCACAAGCAUUGAUUGAUAGUUUAAAGGCACAAGGCGUUGAGUUGCCAGAUGUUGGCGAAAAGAAACCCAGACUUGGAACAAGAGUAAAGCCAAGCAAGCCGAAGAAAGAUGCUUUACAACAAGAAACAAAAGAAGAAACUCCAAACGAAGAACAGCAUGAAGAACCAAAAGAGAAAUUAGAAAAAGAAGAACCUAAAGUUGAAGAACCAAAAGAAGAAGAAGAGGAUGUUAAGGAUGCUUGGGAUGCUUCAUCUUCCGAGGACGAAUCAGAAGAAGUAUCAGCAGCCAAGAAUGCAGAAGCAAAAUCACAACCAGCUAAAUCAGCAGCUAAAGCAGAACAGGAAAAAGAUGAUGAAUCAGAUGAUAGUAGUUCUGAAGAAGAGACAGAGUCUGGUAGCGAAUCAGACUCUGAUGAUGAAGAUGAGGAAGAGGAAGAUACUAAAAAUACUGCUGCUAAAUCAAGAGAGAGGGCCGAGGAAAGGAUUAGAAAACGUAAAGAAGAGGCUGAAAAACAUCGCAGCAUAGAUAACCUUCGCGCCGCCAUCGUGUGCGUUUUGGGUCACGUAGAUACAGGAAAAACGAAGAUUCUGGAUAAAUUGAGGAGAACGAACGUGCAAGAUGGAGAAGCUGGCGGUAUUACGCAACAAAUUGGCGCGACUAACGUGCCCAUUGAUGCUAUAAAAGAACAGAUAAAAAUCGUCAAAGGGGCUAACGAUAUGGAUUUAAGGAUACCUGGAUUACUGAUUAUUGAUACACCUGGACACGAGUCCUUCUCGAAUCUUAGAAAUAGAGGCUCUUCUUUGUGCGACAUUGCCAUAUUAGUUGUAGACAUUAUGCACGGUCUAGAACCCCAAACAAUCGAAUCCAUAAACAUGUUGAAGCAGAAAAAUUGUCCGUUUGUUGUAGCGCUAAACAAAAUUGACAGGUUAUAUGACUGGCAGACAAUGAAUAGGAAGGACGUGACAGAUAUUUUAAAAGCUCAAGCUGCCAACACUCAGCUCGAGUUUGAGCAAAGAACUCAGGCUGUGAUUGUGCAAUUCGCUGAACAGGGUCUAAAUGCUGCCUUGUUUCACAAAAAUCCCGAUCCACGUAGUUAUAUUUCAUUGGUGCCCACUAGUGCCAUUACUGGCGAGGGUAUGGGUAAUCUAUUGGCCUUAAUUGUAGACUAUUGCCAAACGAAAAUACGUAAGCGUUUGAUGUACUCUGAAGACUUACAAGCUACCGUCCUUGAGGUUAAAGCCAUUCCUGGUCUAGGUACCACGAUUGACGUUAUUCUAGUCAACGGUACUUUAAGGGAAGGUGAAACUAUGCUAGUAGCAGGUACCGAUGGCCCUAUAGUUACUCAAAUUAGGUCGUUGUUAAUGCCCCAGCCAAUGAGGGAACUCAGGGUUAAGAAUGCUUAUGUUGAAUAUAGGGAAGUGAAAGCUGCCCAAGGUGUUAAGAUAGCGGCAAAGGAGCUUGAAAAGGCUAUAGCUGGUUUAAAUUUAUAUGUGGCUGUGAAACCAGACGAAGUUGAGAUAUUAAGGGACGAAGUGGCUCGUGAAUUAAGAAGUGCGUUGUCUGGCAUAAAAUUGCAAGAAAGGGGCGUUUACGUUCAAGCAUCGACUUUGGGUUCUCUUGAGGCUUUACUUGAAUUUUUGAAAGUCAGCAAAAUACCUUAUUCUGGUAUUAGGAUUGGUCCAGUUGUAAAGAAGGAUGUUAUGAAAGCAUCAAUUAUGUUAGAACAUGAGUCUCAGUACGCGACAAUAUUAGCCUUCGACGUGAAAAUCGAAAAAGACGCUCAAGAACUGGCUGACAGCAUGGGCGUGAAAAUAUUCCAGGCGGACAUAAUCUAUCACUUGUUCGAUAAAUUCAUGGCUUACCGCGAGGAAUUAAAACAGAGGAAACGGGAAGAGUUCAAGAAUAUCGCUGUGUUUCCUUGCAAAUUACGUGUUCUUCCCCAGUUCGUCUUCAACUCCAGGGAUCCUAUCGUGUGCGGUGUUAUGGUGGAGGCGGGUAUCGUCAAAGAGGGAACUCCUAUUUGCGUACCUAGUAAAGAAUUUGUUGAUAUAGGGAUAGUGACUAGCAUAGAAAACAAUCAUAAACCAGUAGAAAAUGCUAGGAAAGGAAUGGAAAUAUGCAUCAAAAUCGAACCAAUACCUGGAGAAUCUCCGAAGAUGUUUGGCCGACAUUUUGAUGAAACUGAUAUGCUAGUUAGUAAGAUAUCUCGUCAAUCGAUUGAUGCUUGCAAAGACUACUUCAGAGACGACCUUCUGAAGUCCGACUGGCAACUGAUGGUGGAACUAAAGAAACUCUUCCAGAUUUUGUAGUCGUUUUGAUAUAUACAUGUUUUAUAUUAGCGAACGGGGGCGAAAAGUGACCGUAUCGCUAAAGUUUGCUUUGGUGGAACCAGCAGUGUAAUAAUCAAAUAAAUCUAUGUUUUCAUAAUCCAUGUAAACAUAAUCGAGAAACUAUUUAUUUAUCCUAUAUAUGUUGUUUUAAUUCGAUUUUGGCGAUGUUCGAGGCCCUUUUUGGCGCAGGACUUUUUAUUUUAUAAAGUUUAUUUUUUCUUCAGUUGAGUUGAACAUAUACAACUACCGGAAAUAAAGAUGUAUGUUAUGUAUUAAAGAUAUAAUAAAAUACUAUCUUUGCA